CUCGUGGGUGUGGGCUUCUGUGCGGGCUUCCUCCUUUCAGUAUCGAAAAAUCGAGCUCGAUUUUCGUACUCUGGUUUUGGACGAGUGUAGCUACAUUCUAAGUCCAUGUUUUCUUUUCCAUUUCAUCGUUCUCACACGUGCACGUGUUCUUUGCCGGACAUGCCUUCUUCUUUCUCUUCCGAAUUCUAUCCUCUUCACAUGCGCGCAUGUUCCGGCUUUCUCUUCUUCUAUUUCUCUUCUGCUUCUCCUCCAGUUCAUGGACUUCGACAUAUCGGCGAGGGUGAUCCCAUAAAUCGUCGAAAUGUUCGUUUCAUAAUCGAUUGCUAGACGCGAAUACGGGAAGGAUAGGAAGAACACUCACACCUUUGUCGGCGGGCAGAGACGUGGUGUUCUCGGGCGCGAAUAAAAGUCCUACCGAUAUGGACUACGUUUGAUUGCUAAAAACGAAUAAAUGACCGGUCGUGCUAGUGAGUCGGUUUAUGUGCUGCCGAGUAGUGUGGUUUGCUAUCCGUAAGAGUGGACUGACCCUCCUCCAGUUAGCCGCCUGAUUUCUUGGUUAGUGCAUAGGACGCCGCGAACGCGAAUUUAAAGUAGAGUCACCGUUCUUCUAACACUCACGGGAGUGUUCGGGCGCGAUUAAAAGUCCUACCGAUAUGGACUACGUUUGAUUGUUAAAAACGAAUAAAUGACCGGUCGUGCUAGUGAGUCGGCUUAUGUGCUGCUGAGUAGUGUGGUUUGCUAUCCGUAAGAGUGGACUGAUCCUCCGCCAGUUAGCCGCCUGAUUUCUUGGUUAGUGCAUAGGACGCCGCGAACGCGAAUUUAAAGUAGAGUCACCGUUCUUCUAACACUCACGGGAGUGUUCGGGCGCGAUUAAAAGUCCUACCGAUAUGGACUACGUUUGAUUGUUAAAAACGAAUAAAUGACCGGUCGUGCUAGUGAGUCGGCUUAUGUGCUGCUGAGUAGUGUGGUUUGCUAUCCGUAAGAGUGGACUGAUCCUCCGCCAGUUAGCCGCCUGAUUUCUUGGUUAGUGCAUAGGACGCCGCGAACGCGAAUUUAAAGUAGAGUCACCGUUCUUCUAACACUCACGGGAGUGUUCGGGCGCGAUUAAAAGUCCUACCGAUAUGGACUACGUUUGAUUGCUAAAAACGAAUAAAUGACCGGUCGUGCUAGUGAGUCGGCUUAUGUGCUGCCGAGUAGUGUGGUUUGCUAUCCGUAAGAGUGGACUGAUCCUCCGCCAGUUAGCCUCCUGAUUUCUUGGUUAGUGCAUAGGACGCCGCGAACGCGAAUUUAAAGUAGAGUCACCGUUCUUCUAACACUCACGGGAGUGUUCGGGCGCGAUUAAAAGUCCUACCGAUAUGGACUACGUUUGAUUGCUAAAAACGAAUAAAUGACCGGUCAUGCUAGUGAGUCGGUUUAUGUGCUGCCGAAUAGUAUCGUUUGCUAUCCGUAAGAGUGGACUCACCCUCCGCCAGUUAGCCGCCUGAUUUCUUGGUUAGUGCAUAGAACGCCGCGAACGCGAAUUUAAAGUAGAGUCACCGUUCUUCUAACACUCACGGGAGUGUUCGGGCGCGAUUAAAAGUCCUACCGAUAUGGACUACGUUUGAUUGCUAAAAACGAAUAAAUGACCGGUCAUGCUAGUGAGUCGGUUUAUGUGCUGCCGAAUAGUAUCGUUUGCUAUCCGUAAGAGUGGACUCACCCUCCGCCAGUUAGCCGCCUGAUUUUUUGGUUAGUGCAUAGAACGCCGCGAACGCGAAUUUAAAGUAGAGUCACCGUUCUUCUAACACACUCACGGGAGUGUUCGGGCGCGAUUAAUAGUCCUACCGUAAUGGACUACGUUUGAUUGCUAAAAACGAAUAAAUGACCGGUCGUGCUAGUGAGUCGGCUUAUGUGCUGCCGAGUAGUGUGGUUUGCUAUCCGUAAGAGUGGACUGAUCCUCCGCCAGUUAGCCUCCUGAUUUCUUGGUUAGUGCAUAGGACGCCGCGAACGCGAAUUUAAAGUAGAGUCACCGUUUUUCUAACACUCACGGGAGUGUUCGGGCGCGAUUAAAAGUCCUACCGAUAUGGACUACGUUUGAUUGCUAAAAACGAAUAAAUGACCGGUCGUGCUAGUGAGUCGGCUUAUGUGCUGCCGAGUAGUGUGGUUUGCUAUCCGUAAGAGUGGACUGAUCCUCCGCCAGUUAGCCUCCUGAUUUCUUGGUUAGUGCAUAGGACGCCGCGAACGCGAAUUUAAAGUAGAGUCACCGUUCUUCUAACACUCACGGGAGUGUUCGGGCGCGAUUAAAAGUCCUACCGAUAUGGACUACGUUUGAUUGCUAAAAACGAAUAAAUGACCGGUCAUGCUAGUGAGUCGGUUUAUGUGCUGCCGAAUAGUAUCGUUUGCUAUCCGUAAGAGUGGACUCACCCUCCGCCAGUUAGCCGCCUGAUUUUUUGGUUAGUGCAUAGAACGCCGCGAACGCGAAUUUAAAGUAGAGUCACCGUUCUUCUAACACACUCACGGGAGUGUUCGGGCGCGAUUAAUAGUCCUACCGUAAUGGACUACGUUUGAUUGCUAAAAACGAAUAAAUGACCGGUCGUGCUAGUGAGUCGGCUUAUGUGCUGCCGAGUAGUGUGGUUUGCUAUCCGUAAGAGUGGACUGAUCCUCCUUCAGUUAGCCGCCUGAUUUCUUGGUUAGUGCAUAGAACGCCGCGGACGCGAAUUUAGAGUAGAGUCACCGUUAUUUUAACACUCACGGGAGUGUUCGGGCGCGAUUAUAAGUCCUACCGGGGACUUCGGUUUAUGGAACGUCGAUUAUUUGAUCACGCCGGUCACGCGAACUUUAGAGUAGAGUCACCGUUAGCCCGUGGGUCCCCAGAUGCAGCAACCUCCAAGCGGUGGGACCUGGGUCGGUAAUACUUGCGAAAUAUUGAAAUCUAUGUCUAAAUUAUAUCUAAAACCCAUAUCUGAAUUAUAUAUAUAUAUAUAUAUAUAUAUAUAUAUAUAUAUAUAUAUAUAUAUAUAGAUAUAUUAUAUAUAUAUAAUUAUAAAUAUAAUUUUAAAACGCAAGUACUACCGGGCGAAUGGCUGCAUAUGUCUAUAUUUUUACAAUAUCUUUCGUCUGUCAAAGUUCAAUUACACAUUAAAUUAAUUACAUUUUACAAUUGCUAAUCAUACUUUGAUAGAUAAAUAGAUUGAAUAUAGCAGAAUUCUAAUAUAAUUUUUUGAAGAAACGCAUGACCCCUCGACGUAGAUUGAAUGAUUUGAAGUUUCAGUAUCUUGCAGAGUAAUUUUUCUCUUCUUCUUUUCUUCUCUUUUUUCGUUUUCUUCUUCGCUUUAUAAUUGUCGGUAAAUGAAAAGGGCACACUAGACCAUUACAAUAUUUAUUUCAAUGCAAUCCUCUUCUCUUGAAUUAGCCGAAAAUGUGUUAAUGAUCCUAAGAACGCGGUGAACAUAUGAUUUUAACAAAAAUAUAAUAUAAAUUCUUGUUCUUUGUACUAUCAUUUUAUAUUGCUAAUAAUAUUUGCGCAAAUAAAUAGAUUACAUAUAUCAGAUUUCUGUGAAAAAAUAUGAAGUAUAUAAAUUUGUGACCAUGAUCAAGAUUUUGUUUAAGAUUUGGAGAAUAAUAAUAAUUACUAAAUAUUUACUUAUCUAUUAUAUUUUAUUUUAUAUCAAUUUCGAAAAAAUAAUAGGUUAUCUUUGUUUUACUUUACUUAUGUAAAUAUUGUAAUAUAAAUUCUGCUAAAAUUAAAUAAACUAAAACGCUGUACAUUUAUUAAUAAAUUCUUUAAUUAUUAUAAUAUAUCAUAUAUAUGUAAUAUGUCAUGUCCAAAUAUUUAUUAUACUACGUUCACGGAGAGAACGAUCUUGUUCCAUUCAGUUUUAGACAAACUGGUCAUUAGGUGGGGGAACUUGAGCACGCUACUCAGUGCCGUAUGUACAAAUGAAAGUAUCAUUGUAUCUCAUCACAAUUAAUUCUCCAAUGUUAAUAAUAAAGUGUAAAAGCUUAUGUGCACAGACUCCCUUUUACGGCACCUACUUGACUCUUUUGAUGACAUGGUGGGGGCAAAAUGGGCGUUCCAUCGAGCAGGAUUUGUCCGAAUCAUACGAAAUGCCGGUCAUUUUCUCCGUGAACGCAAUAUAUAUAUAAUUAAUAAUAAAUAGUUUAUACACACACACACACACACACACACAUAUAUAUAUAAAUAGAGAAGAUGGCUUUACCCAUAGAGAUCUGGGAACGAAUAUUUUUAUAUGUUGAUCCAAUAACUCUUACAAAAUUAAAAGUUGUAUGUAAUUCCUGGAGAGAAAUUAUCGAUAAAAUUUUGAAGGAACAAAACUUUUGGUAUAAAAAAUGUAAGGAAGAAAUAUCACAAAAUAUAUGGAGUUUGUUGUUUGAAACAUUGUAUCCAAAUAGAUCAUAUGUUGAUUUGAAAAAUGCAAGAAGAGAAGGAGAAAUAUGGAUAAAUAUGUAUAAAUGGUGGACUAAGAUCAAGAAACUAACAAAUUAUGAUAUUUUUGUUGAAAGUUUAGAUCCAUUACCAAACUACCAUUUUCAAGAAAUCAUUACCUGUACUGCAGUACUGGAAAAUACUCUGGCUAUUGGUACAUCCAAAGGAUACAUUUAUUUUUACGAUAUUGAUGCUUUAAAUGAUAAACCAAGAUAUGUAGCAAAUCAUAUGGAAUUUUUAUGUAAAAUUAAAUUCUUGACAAAUAGUAGAAAAAUUAUUCUUGUAUCUUCUUGUAUAAAUAGUCAUAUCAAAUUCUGGGAUCUUGAAUCUAAGGAACUCAUUAAAAAGGAUCAUGGAAAAUUACUCAGUACAAGUCAAAGCUAUUGCUACAGUGUCAUAAAGAAUACAUUAAUUGUCCAAGGAUGUAUACCCAGGACAUUGUAUGAACUUCCUGUUGAUGAUAUUGUUGCUGGUGUUGCAGAUGGUAAUAAGGUUUCCUUUUAUACAAAGAAAGGACAUUUCCUUAAUGUACAGUUGACAGAAGGUGAAGAAGUAUUUAUCACAGAAUUUGUAAAACCACCAAAACUAUAUAUCCGUGAUUAUUAUAUGUUUACUAAUAUAGCAGUAUGCAUUACAGAACAGGGAUACUUAGGUUUUUCUAUUCAUGGUGGAAAGUGGAAAUUUCAUAAUAUACUUCCCAUAUUUCAUGGAACACCCACUGCUGUAUUAGUUUAUGCACAGCUUCUCAUAUUAGGUUUAAACUCAGGUCACGUUUGUAUAUAUUGUGUGGAAAAUUGGAAUAUGCUCGAUUUGAAUUCUACUUUGGCAAGACUAAUAAUAUUAGAUACAGAACCGAUUAUAUCAUUAAAUAUAAGCGCACAUUUUAAAGAAUGUAUAAUUGCAACAAGCAUCAAAAGAGUACACUUUAUUCAUUUUACAUAA